UUGAAAACGGGUAAUCGUAGGUAAUCUACAGUGAUUCGUUUUUUUUCUUUGGCUCUCUCUAAUACCAUGGGUGUCAAAACGGUGAUCUUCCUGCUGGGACUGCUGCUGGUUUGCUCGUCCUCGGGAUGCAGCCUGAUGAAUGCCGGUGACGACGACGGUGCCAGCAGUGACGGUGAGCAGCGGGAGUCCCUGCUGGCCGAUCCGGCCACGAUGGGGGCGGUCAAGCUGCCCAAGGAUUAUAGCGUCGAGGACAUCAACGUGGAGUGCAACAAAACGUUCAUCAUCACGAUGGAGUACCUGAACGAGCUGAACGAUACCGGCAGCUUCCCGGACGAGACGGACAAAACGCCGAUGUGUUUUAUGCGAUGCUUUCUGCAAAAGGGCGGAAUACUCACCGAGGACGACAAGGUCAACAAGGAACAGGCGUUUGCGGUGGGCUGGGUGAAAAAUAACGAAACCAUAGACGACUGUCUGCAGGAAAUGACCGGCACCAACUGCGAGCGCGCUUACUUCCUGGCCCGGUGCGUGAGCACGCGCCAUCUGGUGGAGGGUCGCAGCAAGGACAGCAAAAGGCGAUAAUCUUAUCCUUGUUCGAAGUGAAGUGUACUUGGAGAAUUAGUAGCGAUAAGUAAUCGAAUAAAUGGAGAGGGCAUUGCAA